AAUUUAUCUUAUUCGUCAAUUGUCAGACCAAUCAAUUUUCACAUACUUUUGUAGCCCUGAAUGUCCUCUUUCGAAUGGUGAAAACCGCAGGUCUCUAUCUAGUUCUUAUCAAAAUUUAUUCAAUUUACAGUCAGGUGCAUUCUAUUUUGAAACGGAUAGUAGUAGCUCUCUAAUCGUACUUCACUUGAAAUUGAUUGUGUACUACAUUCUUAUUUUCAUCAUAAAAGCAUUCGAUUUAGUCUUACCGUCUUUAGCUUGAUUGUAUUAUCGAGCCUAUUCGGGUUGAAAAUCAUUUUAUUCAAAAAUUUAACAUAAUUAUUUUAUCUUCAUAUUUAGGAAUUUAAAUCUGUAAAUUUUUCUGACAUUGAUCAUGAUGCAUGGGAACGAUGUAUAGAUGAACCAAUAUUUUAUGAUGAUCUUUGUCUCAAUUAUAAAAAUGAAGAAGAUUCAUUAUCUGUAAAUCAAAAUUUAAAUAAUUUAAUAAUAAUUAUGCCAGUUGAAUCAAUAAAUCAUCAAGAAACUUAUAUAAUAGAUCAAAUAGAACCUAUUUUAUUAAUUAAUGAACAAAAUCAAGAAAAUUCAGAUUCAAAUAAUUUUAUUCAACAUAUUGAUCAAAAUAAAAAACAUGAAAUUAUUGAACAAGAUUAUCUAUUAUUUGAACAACAAUCUGAUAAUUAUCUUGAUCCAAAUGAACUUGUUCAUCGUUUAGAACAAUUAGAUUUAUCAAAUAAACAAGAAAUAAUAACUAAUCUUGAUCUUAAUGAUGAACAAAAUAUAAACUUUAAUAUCGAACAUUUAACAUCUAUAGUCGAUGAAAUUCGUCAAGUAAAUCAUAAAAAAACGAAAAAAAUUCUUUUACAACAACCAUUAAAUAUCGAACAAAAACUUCCUUUAACAAAAUCAACAAAUAAUCUACCAAUACGUUAUCAAAAUCAUUGUAUUGAUAAAGUAUCCGAUUUAGAAAUUGUUAAACAAGGUAAUGGUUUUAAAAUUGGUUAUAGUGAUCGACAAGGUACUGAUCAACGUGUUAUAUUAACAAAAAGAAUUGAAGCUGGACCAGAUAUUAUCGAACGUGAUCCACAUAUUCGUUUACCUCAUAAAGAACGACGAUUAUUAAGUCAAACAUAUAGUUCAGUAUUAUAUACAAAUGGUAAUAAUAUAAUACAAGAAGAUAAAAGUUUUCAACGUUCUACUGGUAAUAUUGAAGUACCAACAAUUGGAACUAAUCCAAAACAUUUUGAUGAGGUUUGUAUUACGAACGUGACAAUCGUACAUAAUAAUUCAUCGUUUUUAAGCUAUGAGUUUUAUAGUAAGCACUUUUAG